GUGAUGCUGAGGGCGAAACCUACAUCGCAAUGGCCAAAACUCCACCAUCUUCCACGAGCUACAUGCUCAUCAUCCUAGCCCUAUCCCUAGCACUAGCAGCCUCUGCCGUCGCUGCUGGAAGUGGAAACGGGAGCUGCAUCCCGGCAGAGAGGGCGGCGCUGCUCGCCUUCAAGGCCGCCAUCACAAGCGACCCGGCGAACCUCCUUGGCUCAUGGCAUGGCCACGACUGCUGCCAAUGGGGCGGCGUGAGGUGCCACAGCCGGACAGGCCACGUCGUCAAGCUCGACCUCCACAACGAAUUCAUCAAAGAAGAUUACGGUUCUUUUUGGUUCCCUGGUAACCAUUCGCUGCAUGGCCAGAUAAGUUCUUCGCUGCUCGCUCUGCCCCAUCUCAAGCAUCUGAACCUUAGCGGGAAUAUGGUUCUCGGAGAAGGAAGGCCUAUACCAGAGUUCAUGGGUUCCCUCGGGAGAUUGACACACCUUGACCUAUCUUCCUUGAAUUUUAGUGGUAGAGUGCCUCCUCAGCUAGGCAACCUAUCCAAACUCCUAUAUCUUGACAUAAACUGUGGUAGGACCUCUGAUAUGAUGACAUACUCAAUGGAUAUUUCUUGGUUAGCCCGUCUCCCCUCGCUGAAGCAUCUCGACAUGGGCGGUGUGAACCUUAGCGCAGCGGUAGACUGGGUUCAGACACUAAACAAGCUUCCGAACCUGGUUGUGUUGGAACUCAAUUAUUGUGGCCUUAAUGAUUAUAGUAGUACGUCUCUCCUACUCCAUAACCUCACGGUUCUUGAGCAACUUGAUCUCUCAAACAACCAUUUAAUCAGUCCAUCUGUAAAGAAUUGGCUUUGGGAUUUAACAAGCCUCAAAAGGCUAAUCAUAUACGGUGCUCAAUUAGGGGGAACUUUUCCUCACGAGUUGGGAAAUUUUACAUUAUUAGAGACCCUUGACCUGUCAUACAACCACAUCAAAGGGAUGAUACCGGCGACUCUGAAAAAAGUCUGUAAUUUGAGAUAUCUAGACCUCGCAGUGAACAACAUCGAUGGGGACAUAUCAGAACUAAUUCAAAGGCUACCGAAUUGUUCUUCUAAGAAUCUGCAAGUCCAGACUUAUUUGGGAGAGACCAACAUCACAGGGACAACAUUACAAUCACCUGUAAACCUAUCCAGCUUAAACACGCUUGAACUUAGUUUCAACAACUUGAGAGGUUCCGUGCCCGUGGAGAUUGGGACACUUAUAAAUUUGACCAACUUGUCCCUUAAGUUUAACAAACUUACUGGUGUGUUGUCCGAGGAUCAUUUUGUUGGUCUGACGAAUUUAAAACAAAUUGACUUGUCUGAUAAUGAUGGUUUGGCAGUCAUCGUGGAUUCGGAUUGGGAACCUCCCUUCAACUUGGAAUUGGCAAGGUUUGCAUCUUGUCAUUUGGGCCCCCGGUUCCCUAAAUGGCUGCGAUCGCAAAAAGGCACUGUACUUCUUGAUAUUUCAAACGCAGGUAUCAUAGAUAGGAUCCCAUAUUGGUUCUGGACUACCUUUUCGGAUGCGCAGUUUUUAAAUGUCUCAUUUAACCAAAUUAGUGGUGAGCUGCCACCUAAUUUGGACUUCAUGUCAAUGGAAGUACUUUUUCUCCAGUCAAAUCAUCUAACUGGUUUGGUACCACGAUUACCAAGAACAAUUGUAUUCUUCGACAUCUCCAGAAAUUGUUUAAGUGGGUUUGUGCCAUCAAAUUCACAAGCUCCAUCUUUAGAGACUGUCGUUCUCUUUUCCAACUGUAUAACCGGGGCUAUUCCAAGGUCAUUUUGUCAGUGGUCAAAUCUGGGGCUCUUAGAUCUUUCAAACAAUCAGCUUGUAGGGCAACUUCCUGACUGUGGCAGAAAAGAACCGAGACGAUGGCAUAACACAAGCAACACCACUUCAAGGGUCAGAAUCACAAGCCAUUUCGGUUUGGAAGUCCGUACUCUCCUUCUAAGCAACAAUAGUCUUUCAGGUGGAUUCCCUUCACUCCUACGACGGUGUCGCAAUCUUCUUUUCCUCGACCUAUCUCAAAAUAAAUUGAGUGGAGACCUACCUGCAUGGAUUGGUGAUCGAAUGGCAGCUUUGAUCAUGCUACGCUUAAGAUCGAACAACUUCUCAGGUCACAUUCCAAUUGAAAUAACCGGACUUCUUGCUCUUCGCAUCCUUGACCUAGCUAAUAACACCUUUUAUGGGGAUAUUCCACAAAGUUUAGUGAACUUCAAAGCUUUGACUACCAUUAAUGAAGCUGUAGAUCCAGAUAACAAUCCUUUCACAGAAGAAUAUAUUGGAGCGAUGUCGUACGACAAUAUGGGGCUGACUGAUGAUAGUUUAUCAGUUGUCAUAAAAGGCCAAGUGCUUGCCUACAGGGAGAAUAGUGUAUAUUUGAUGAGUAUUGAUUUAUCCUGCAACUGUUUAACUGGAGAAAUCCCAGAAGAUAUUAGCUCUCUUGUUGGACUCAUAAACCUGAAUUUGUCAUCAAACUUCUUGAGCGGAAAUAUCCCAUACAAGAUUGGAAAUCUGCAAGCACUCGAGUCUCUUGAUCUCUCAAAGAACCAGCUUUCUGGUGAAAUUCCUUUGGGCUUAUCAAAUCUGGCAUCAUUGAGCUAUAUGAACUUGUCAUAUAAUGGUCUAUCAGGUAGAAUACCAUUGGGGCGUCAACUAGAUACCCUUAAAACAGAUGAUCCAGCUUCUAUGUACCUUGGAAACCCUGGUCUUUGUGGACGUCCCCUUCCAAAGCAAUGUCUUGGAGAUGAACCAACUCAAGGAGAUUCAGUAAGAUGGGAUAAAUAUGGUCAAUCUCAAAUGGAUAUUUUGUUUAGCCUCAUUGUGGGGUUUGUGGUAGGACUCUGGAUGGUAUUUUCUGGCCUUGUGUUCAUGAAGAAAUGGAGGUACACUUAUUUCAGGUUACUUGAUAAGUUAUGUGACAAGGUCUAUGUCAUCUCUGUUGUUACUUGGCACAAAUGGUCCAGAAACGUUGGGGAAAAUUAAGCUACUUAGCUACACAAAUAAGGAGGAUGCAGAACUUAAUAGUAUACAUAUUAAUUUUCUGUGUCCUGCUUUCUCAUUGAGAAUACCAUCACUAUAAGGUGAAGUCAAUGUAUCUCGUUACUGGUUGAAUGUUAAAGUUUGCUUGUUGUGCUUGUUAGAUGUUAUGGUACCAACCAGAGUCAUGUAACUUGUGUACGGUGUUUUAUAAACCUACACGUAUCUAGAUUGGGUGUUUAUUAAGUUUAGUAACCAACUUAAUCUAGAGAUUUGAGUCGGUUGUAACAAUGUAAAUCUCUUGACCAGAGUUAUGGGUCCCCUUCAAUAAAUUCCACGCGGCCUCUCCCCAGAGGUUACAACGCUUUACCAAAUGACGACCGUGGGCUACGGUGGCCGUCCUCCUAUUCCUCGCCAUCGCUUGUUCAUAGACGACCUUACAUACAGUUUCACCGCGCCAAAAGGCGGUUUGCUCAUCCUGGACGGCGGCGUUCUCAGCGCUUAGUGGACCCAUGGCUGCUGGGGAGUAUACAACUUCGGCGGACAUGCAGCGUUCGACGUCACGCACACCAAGCUCAUCACGACGUUGCUAACAACAUCACUGAAGGCGACAAAAUAUUGUAGUAUAUCUCCAAUGGAUAAUCUGCAGGAUUUCGUUUACCAAUCAUGCAUGUAAAGGUUGGCGCGUGAUUGGUAAACGAAAUCCGGCAGAUUCUCUCCAAUGUAAACGAAAUCCAGCAGAUUUAUAAGUAUACUGCAGUAUAUCUCCAAUGUAAAGGUUGCCCAAGCAUAUCAUAGCAAAUCAUGCAUGUAAAGGUUGAUCUCGCCAAAAAGUAAUGAUACUACUAAAUAGAUUUCAUUCAUGGGUUUGUCUAGAUAUGCCUUAAGAAUUGCACAUCUAAGUGACUCAAUCAACAUAAAAAGAAAAGAAAAAGGGAAAGAAAAAGGGAAAGAAAAAAUACCUCAACAAAUCUUCACGUAAAUUCAAUGGUAUAAGUGCAAUAUUUAGCAAAUCCGUUCAUUUAUUAUACCGAAAUCAGAAUUGACGAGGGCAUGAAUCCGGAGAAUAUAAAUAGCACGACAAACGAGUGUUAGACGACCCACACCGAGAGAGAAGCACACUUUGAGAUCAUGGCUCGUGUCGCUGCACGAAUGGCCCUUCUCAUCCUAGUUUCGCUGGUUGCCUCAGCGAUGUCGUCGGAGGAACUGCAUUGCUGCACAGACCAUCAUGACUGGGGCAAUGGGUUGAAGAACAAGGGUUGCAGGCUGCCGGAGCAGAACGUCGAGUGCAACACGUGGUGCCAGUCGGACUGCCGUGGUGGCGAGUGUGUAAUGCAUGCCCGGCUGCACUUCUGCCAUUGUUACUGUUGAGGAGGCGCGGCGGUAUUUCGCCGUUCGAAUUUGUAUGCAACGAGCUAUAGCUAUAGCUAGAUCAUACCCAAAGCGGUGAGAAUUGAUUGUGGUAUAAUUAAAUUUGAUUUGGUUGUAUGGAACAAGGAUAUUUAGAUUAAUAAUAUGAGAACAGAAAUUUAAAAUAAAUAUGUUUUAUCA